UGACCGACGCUGGCCGCCAUUUGUUUCGUGUAAACACAACGACCGGGUUGCGGAACAUCUAUAUCUGACUUUUACAAGGAAUUGUAUAUAAAUUUGUGUUUUUACGCGUAUUAAAAUGUCGGACGUUGACGGAGUAAAUACUAAUAGUGCAACUAAUGAAGAAAAUAGUCAGAAUGACAAAUCGCCAAAAGGGAAAAAGGGAAAGAAAAUAGACAGGGCUCUCGAGGAAAGUGAGGCCAUUACAAAGGGAAUCGCCCCAGAAGUCGAAGGUAGACGCGUGACACGGUCUUCGGCGAGAGGCGUUCCGGCGACACCUCCUCCACCCGCUAAAAAAGAGCGUAAGAGCUCAUCGGCCAGUAAAGGAAAAGGACGAGGUCGUCCAAAAACGACGGCAAAGGACGAAACCGAUUCUCAAGACGAAAACAAAGACUCGGCGCCCGAAAGUUCAGAGGAACAGCCGAAGAUCGACGAACCCACCGAUAAAACUGACGGCGAGCCCGUCGAGAAUAACACACAUGCCGAGAAGGACGAAUCUGCCAAUAAUAAUGCAGAAGUGAAUGAUACGAAGGAAACACAAGAGAAUGGCGCAAAAGAAGAUAUCGCCGACGCUCCAAUGUCGGAGGAUAAAAGCGAAGAAUCGUCCGAGGAAGUUAGCAAAGAGAAAAAUGAUCUUGGAGAGUCUAGUGCGAAUGCAAUAGAAGAGGACAAACCUGAAUAAAUGUAUGUGUGUGAAUAAAACUUGUCUUAUUAUAGUAGGGUUUUGCCUAUAUAUUUUACAAUGUAAUUUUACCAACUUCUAAUAAAUUGACGAAAACAUGUCUUCAAGGUAUAUGGAUAAAUUAUUGAUAACAAAAAUUGGUAUAAUUACAUUUUAUACAAAGUGCAAAAAAUGAUUGCUGUUAAUAUUUUUUAAGAAGAGGAUAACUUAGUAAUUUCAAUCAUUAUUUUUGUUUUGUAUAUUUUUGUAAGACAAAUUUGGUUUUAUUAGUUUGUGGAUGGCAACCUAUUGAUAAGUUCUAUUUUAGAGUAGUGAAACGUACAUAUUGGAAUAUGUACCUGAACUAAUUACAUUUCGUUUAUAACUGAUCAACAAAAACUAAUCGACCGAGAUCAACAAAUAUCCAUUGUUGUCGUUGCAAGCACAAAUGUAAUUGGUAUUUUGUUACUUGCUUCAUUCGCAUAUCCAAAUUGGGAAAAUAAUAUUCAACUAUCACACAGUCAUCAUUCUUUCACUUGUAAAUUUGACUUUUAUAGAUUUGUUUUAACUGCACUCAUAGACUUAAUAAGAAUAGUUCAUUAUUAUAUUAUUAUUACCUUUAUAGCUAUUUUCGUAUGGAAGGGCCAUUUGUGUUUUUUUUUAAAGUUGAGUAUUCGAUUAAAAUUGUAUAUUUACUGCAAGUGUAUUCGUUUAUUCAUGAAUAUAAAUAUCAACUAAUUACGUUGUAUCUUAUUAACAAUGGUAUAAAAAGUGGUAGACCUGGGCUAAGUCUGUACAUAAACGAUAUUCCAUCAAUCAGUAUGACCAGAUAGUACAAGACAUUGUAGAAAAUUUAUUUCGUAACUUAUUGUGAAGAAAGGAUUUCUGCGCAAUUAGAUGUUCACAAAACCCUUCUUUUUAGUUGUGUAUUUGAACAAAUUUUGUAAUAUAGGCACAGAUAUUAAUUAUGUUGCAAAGUAUUAAACACCGAAGUGGUGGUGUUUGGUGCGUGAGCGGGCACAUUUUGGUUGGGUUCAUUUUCAUUGUAAAGAUACUCGGACAUUUUCAUAACCACUGGCAUUUUUCUAACUUUAUAACAAAUUCUACAUGUACGUUACGAAUAGAAUAGUUUAAGAUUUGUAUAGGUAUUUAACUAACUUUAGACAGAUUUGAGAAUUAAAUGUUGGUUGUAAUAGCAUAUUCAGAAUUUGUGCGAUGUAUGACUGAAAUUACUUAGACAAAAUAAAAUAAUGAGUAAUAUA